UCAUCCUCCACAGGCCGGUCGGCUGCAGCCAGCAUGUCGAACUCGGAGAGGGUUGUGUUGGCUCUGGGAGGAGCGGGCACCGUGGGCUCCGGGGUGGUUAAAGCUCUGCUGGACAAAGGUUUCAAAGUGGCAGUGAUCUCCAGGGAAAGCAGUCGGCUGGAGAGGCUCCAAUCAUUUGUCUCUCCCAGCACUAAGGAGAACCUCACCACUCUGGUGGGGGAUGUGGGCUCAGAGGGGGGGGCAGAGACAGUGAAGCAGGCGCUGCUGAAGACGGUGGGGAAAGUGACAGAUGUUGUGUCCUCUCUGGGCUUCAGCUGGUGGCAAGGAGGACCCCCCCACACACAGUCCCUCAAAGACCUGCACUGGGUAGUUGAGACAUUACUUUUCAGCACAUUUGUGUCAUGGAAGGCCUUCUUCCCCUUGGUGAGGGACGACUCCAACUCUACCUACACCUUCAUCACAGGGGGAGCGGGGGAGAAGCUGCUGAUGCCUGGGACCGGCUUCCUGACCGUCGGCGCUGCCAGCACCCUGGCCUUCUGUAAGGUUCUGCGGGAGGAGUAUCCUGAGGUGCCCUGCAAACUCAACCAGGUGAAGAUCAAUGCAGGUGUAGGCACUCCGGGGCACAUGGCCCCCGGGUUCCUGAACCACCUGGAGCUGGGCGAGGCUGUGGCCGCCCUCGUGGAAAGACGAAGCCCCUCCCACUCCGUGGUCACCGUCAACUGCCCGGCAGACCUAAAGACUGUGUGUCUGGAGAGGAGCCUUUAGACACAGAACCCCCCGUGAGAUCAGCCUGCCCCCCGGUCUGAACUCUGCACCAACACAGUCACAGUGCUCCAUUUGAUUCCUUUCUUAAAAAUCCAUGCCCAACGUUGUCUGUUGUUAGUGUAUGCUGUAUAUUCAUUUCUCUGUUCUCAGAUUAUGAGCAUUUCCUUGCAUGUGCUGUUGUGUUAUAUGUUGGUAAAAAAAAAGCUAAGUAUUUGAAAUAUUUACUUUUCAUUCUUUCCUACUUUUGUAUAAAUAUUAUCACACUUGUUCUGUCUUUUGCAUUGUUGGAAUACAUGGUACCCAAUGUAAUGCUGCCAUUUCUCCAUGGAUCAACAAAACAUCAUUUUUAUAUAAAACUAAACCUCUUAUCAACUGUUCUAAAAAGAAGAGGGUGUUAGCUUGAAUUUAAGGUACUCUGUGGAGUAAUUAUUGAUGCAUGCUUUGUUCUGUAUAAGCAAAAAAGCAACAAUCCAGGAAGAACAAGAUUGUUAGCCAGUAAACAUUUUGUAAACAGUGCAGGUUUUUAACCCUAGCAACAAUGGACUCUGUUUAAUAAAAAGGGAAAUGGCAUUUAACAAGGAAGCUCUUAAUGGUUUAACAGUUCACUUUAACUGUAACAGGGUACUUUCAUUCUUGGACAUAAAUGUGCAACAUGGUCAAAGAAUGAUAGAGAUACGACAUUUACAAAAUGGUCGGUAACAUUUGGUACAACAUGUUGAAGUAGUUGUGGAGAGUACUAUAAAGUACCUCAAAUUUCAAAUACUUUCUCACCUGGAAAAUGCAUGAAGUGGGUGGGAUUGUGUCCGUUUUAGAAAGUGAUAUAAAUAGUCAAAUUUGGUUCCCCAUAUUCCAUUGUUUGUUGGAAAUGUUUAAUAAACAGACGACCUCAUGGA